AUGCAGUUUUCUUACCCCGCCGUGUUAAUCGCGACCCUGCUCUCUGGCCAAACCUUCGCGAGUUGUGCCCAGGGCUCUUUCAGCGGCAAGCCGAACGAUUACGACAUAAUUGAAUACUGCACCCUCAAGCCGAAUAACUUCUAUGAUUGUAGCAACGGAGCUUCCGUCACUCACAACGCUGAUCGCUUUACGCUCCAGGCUGGGUCGGCCGACGCCAUGGUCAUGGUCGCCUGUGGCGGGUACGGCAGUGUCUACCACUGCUCCGCAGGCGAAUCCGCGGUCAUCUCACAGCCUCUGUGUGCAGGUGGUAUGACGAAUGUGCGCGCCUUGAAACAACGAUAA